UUUAUACCCCUCUAGUCUGGCAUGUUGUGGGUAGUGGCUAGUAUUAUCUACGCUGUCACGGCUUUCGGCCUGCUUAAAAUUGCCUUACUUUUUACCGGCACGCUGCAGCUCCGUCAUGCCGUCAGUAAGCUGCCGUGCCCAUCUGGAGCACAUUCUCUGGCAGGCCACCAACCCCAGGGCCCGUUCGAUCCUGGAUUCCAAUGCCUGCGAGACACGGUGGCUGCCUUCCCCCGUGUCUACACCUUGUGGAACGGUCCCAUCCCCAUGCCUACGCUGGUCCACCCAGACACCAUCAAGCCCCUGCUGACGAGUCGCACCGGCUCCGUCAAGUCGCCGCUGUACCAGUUUUUCGGCGACUGGCUUGGGGACGGGCUGGCUAUCUCUGACGGCGCCAAGUGGAAGCGCCACCGUCGCCUUCUGAACGGGUCCUUCUACUUCGACGUCCUCCGCACCUACGUCCCGGUCUACAACGAGUGCGUCGACGUGCUGCUCAGCAAAAUGGACCGGCUGGCGGCUGAGGGGAAGCCCAUGAAAGUUGAGCACGAGCUCGGACUGUGCACCUUCGACAUCAUUCUCCGUACCGCCUGCUCCCGCGAGUCGAACUGUCAGCUGAAAGGUCAGGCAAGGGAUGGAGAUAUGGACCUCCUGUCAGCCACUAUCACCAUGACCGACAUCGUCCAGUCCAGAAUGACCGGCAACCCCCUGUUCCUGAAUCCUUUGGUAUUUCGCCUCUUCAGCCCCAAUUAUCCGAAGUGGCAGAAGGCUGCACGCUAUGCCAAAAUGUUCGGGGACGGGCUCAUUGCCGAGAGGAAAGACGACCUGGAGAAAAGGGAACAGAGCGGUGACCCUUUGACCAGUCCCCGUGAUUUCUUGGACACCCUUCUCCUUGCCCGCGACAAAGAUGGCAGCGGCCUCACGGAGCGCGAGAUCGCCGACGAAGUCAACACUUUCCUAUUCGGCGGGCACGACACCACCUCCAGCACCUUGACGUGGGUGCUAUAUAUGAUGGCCAAGCACCCUGAGCACCAGGCUCGGGUCAGGGAGGAAAUUGACAAAUUGCUGGUAGACAGGGAUUGCGAUCAGUUAUCCAGUAAGGAUCUGGGAAGUCUUGAGUACACGACGUUGGUAAUCAAGGAGGUUCUGCGAGUGUAUAGUACAGUUGUCAUGCCGUCGCGUACCCUGACUGCUCCAUACGAUGUGGACGGUGUAACGCUCCCAGCGGGGACCACGGUAGCUAUCAACCUCUACCAGCUUCACCACAACCCCACUGUGUGGGGCGAAGACCACAUGGAGUUCAACCCGUCCCGGUUCCUGCCGGAGAACAUGGCCAGCCUGGACCCCUUCGCCUACCUGCCGUUCUCGGCCGGGCCUCGUAACUGCAUUGGACAGCAGUUUGCCCUCAACCAGCUACGGGUGCUGACCGCCAGGAUCCUGCGGCGGUUCUGUCUGAGCCUGGUGGAGGGGGAACCGGAGCCCGUACCUUACCUGACCGUGGUGGUGAGACCGGUACGUGAGAUACUACUCAACCUUGAGCCAAGACACUUUUAAUCCUUUGCAGCUGCAACAUUUUAGCUUUCAGCUCCACGAUCCACUCGGGUCAUGGCCUCUUUCCAUACUUACCUUCUGUUGUAUAGCUCCCAAACCUUAAAAAUCAGCGUCAACACAUGUAGAAACGUCAGUGAUAAGGGUUAAGCUGAUGAAAGAUUCCCACAAAACAGCUGACUACAGUUGUCUUUAUGCAGACUUGAUGAAAAGGCACACAUUGCCAUUAUGGAAAGUCCAGUAGCGUACCGAGUGGGGAUUUGUGCCAUAUACUUUUGCCAUAUACCUAUGUCUUGGUUAAUGUCUGUUUAUUGGCCACGAACAAUCCCUUGACAGGGCGAUAUCCACAUGGCACACUUACCAUGAGAUAUCUCGUUCUGCUGAUAGUGCGUGUGCGUGCACGCGUACGAACGUGAGACAGAAGAACUUCGGGAAGUUCGAAAGCGAACAUUUCCGCUCCAUUAGUCACUUUUGCCUGGUAUCCAUGAUACGUUUUGUGCAUAGGCUACCGGGGAAUUCGAUCAAUGAUCAGUCUCGUUCUCGUCCCCACAGCUUAUAAAGUAUUGCAGGCACCGCCACCAGACUACAUGUACUCACUGGUAUCAGCACCAGUUUAACAAUAAAGUUUACGCAAUUAAAGA